AUGAAUGUCAGGAUGUUCUCCCUCAUGAUGGGCAUCUUCUCUGUCCUUAAUACCAGCCAGUUCUUCAUCUUUGACCUGAACCAGAAGACACACAUUUGCUGUGACGCCAAGUUCAGCAUCUAUGUGGACUCAAAGUCGGAGCUAGUCACUUGGAUCCUGUUCCACAGGGCUAACAUCAGCACUGGCCUCUCCCUCACCACCAUCAUCAUCAGCUUCUUCUUCCUUUAUUGUAUCCACAAGAAUAUCUACAUGGGGCUUCUGAUCUAUGCCAUGUGGAUCAUCACUUACGAGCUCAUCAACUUCUCCAUAGUCCUGCUCCUCAACAGGAUCAUCAAAGAUCACUUCAAGACGCUGAGUUACUUGCACUGGAUCUUCCAAAUCUCACACAUGCUUCUGCACUUUUUCUGUCUGCCCUUCAUCGUCAAGCACGCAUACAACCUUUACAAGGAAUCCCAGACCGUGAGCAGGAAACGCCGCCCUAGGCUCUCCUCCAACAUUGCAGUGAACUGA